AUGAGCUACCAGUCUACUGCACCGGCAAGGGAUUCAACUAUGCCAAGUCCAGGAAGAUUGGUCAAAUGGUCCAUCGAACUCGGCGAGUUCGACAUUCAUUACAAGCCACGAACGGCCAUCAAGGGGCAAGCCGCUGUAGACUUCAUCGCCGACUUCAUGCACCUGGAAGAUGUCGUUCCCUCAGACGAGACUGUCUCAGAACCCCACACCACGCCCCCAUGGAAUCUCCACGUGGACGGGUCCUCCAACAGUAAACUCAGCGAUGUCGGAGUGGUCUUGACUGACCCAAAGGGGAACGCAUACGAGUACGCGCUACAAUUCAAGUUCAAAGCCUUAAACAACGCAGCCGAGUACGAAGCACUGAUUUCCGGCAUCAAGCUGGCCAAGGAAUUAGGUGUCGGCGACGAUUUCCAAGCCAAGGAGCCGCAUCUAUCCCACUACCAAGCUCUCACCAAGACUUUACUCCAACGAUGUCUCCCCAGCUAUACCAUCGCCCUGAUCCCUCAGGCACAGAACAACAAGGCAGACGCCGUCACGAAGUUGGUAACAUCGCCCCCAGACACCAAUUUGGGAAGCCUCAAAUUGGAAACCCUAGAUAAGCCAAGCUUCGAUAAGCCAUUCUCGGAGAUAUUCCUGGCCGAGAGCGAGCAUCCACCUUCAUGGAUGGACCCAUUCGUUGACUACCUCUCUAAGGGUGUCGAGCCCCAGGACAAGAUUAUUGCAACCAGGCUCCGCAGACGAGCUAUGCUAUACAAGGUACGGGAGGGAAAACUAUACAGGAUGGGCAGGUCUUUCCCCCUGCUAAAGUGCAUCUCCCUCGAGGAGGGACAGCAAGUCCUACUAUCACUGCACAGCGGAGUCUGCGGCAAUCAUGCUGGAGCGAGGAACCUGGCAUUCAAGGCUUUGCGAACAGGGUAUUAUUGGCCCACCAUUGAACAGGACGCAAAGCGCAUCGCUAGCUCCUACCUCAAAUGCCACCAAUUCGCCAACUCCCCCCUUGCACCAUCGGCCGAGGCCCUGGCCACAGUCACAGUUGCAAAGGUCAUUAACUUCUUGUGGAAAAACAUAUAUUGCCGCUACGGAAUCCCUGAGACCAUCAUCACCGACAACGGUGCCCAGUUUGACAACCAUACUCUCAGGGAAUUCGUUGGCCAGUAUGGCAUGCAGAUCCGAUAUGCCUCCCCCUCUCACAUACAGAUAAAAGACCAGGUCGAAGCUAUCAAUAAGAUAAUCAAGCAGAACUUGAAAAAGAGGCUCGACGAUGCCAAGGGCUUGUGGGCCAAAAAACUGCCCGAGGUGCUUUGGGUGAUAAGAACAACCCCGAAUGAAGCAAAUGGCGAGUCCCCUUUCUGCUUAUCCUUCGGCACCGAGGCCGUGAUCCCAGUCAAGAAAGAGGUGUGCAGCGAAAGGGUGGCAUGCUACGAUCAGUUCACCAACUCGGAGGGGUUGAACUUUGACUCGGACCUCCUACAAGAGCGACGCGAGCGUGCCCACCUCAGGAAUAUCAACAACAAACAGCAUGUCGCUCGCUACUACAACGCCAGGGUCCUGCCUCGCCGCCUCUCUGUCGAGGACUGGGUGAUGAAGGAAAAGAUGCCAACCCCAACUGCUCUUAAGGCCACCUGGGAAGGGCCAUACGAAAUCAUCGAGGUUGUCGGACCUGCCACCUUCUACCUAAGGGGAGCAGACGGCGUGACCCUCCCUCACCCAUGGAACACCCAGCAUCUCCGAUACUACCCUAAGUAG